GGCUGUGUGUUUACUUCCGGCCACCCUGAGAGCCGAGUGUGUGUGUCGUUCGCUCACUUCGGCUGGUUGGCUGAGGGGACCCGGCGGGCGCUGUCUUGGGGGCGGGAACCCAGCGGAGCCGCCCGGAGGAAAAAAUAACGGCAGUUUCGGACGGCAGCGGCGGCGGCGACACGGAGGAAGGGAGCGGGCGUCAGGCAGGACAAAGUCCGCGCUGGGACCGGCACCCAUGAGUCACCUCCGAGGCCAUUGCGGACGGUGAAGCGAGUUCCUCAGGCAGGCAGGCAGGCAGGCAAGGACGUAGCCAGAGCCGCCGCCUGCUCGCUUGCCCGGCCCAGCACCGCAGCGGCGCCUUGCCAGGAGGCGGCGUCAUGGACUGGCUCAUGGGGAAAUCCAAGGGAAAACCAAAUGGUAAAAAGCCUGCAAUAGAAGAAAAGAAAUUGUAUCUUGAACCAGAAUAUACGAAGUCCAGGAUUACUGACUUUGAAUUCAAAGAGUUAGUUAUAUUACCACGUGAAAUAGAUCUUAAUGAGUGGCUAGCUAGCAACACAACAACGUUUUUCCACCAUAUCAAUUUACAGUAUAGUACCAUCUCUGAAUUCUGUACAGGAGAGUCGUGUCAGACCAUGGCAGUGUGCAAUACACAAUACUACUGGUAUGAUGAGCGAGGAAAGAAGAUCAAGUGUACAGCCCCUCAAUAUGUUGACUUCGUCAUGAGUUCAGUGCAGAAGUUAGUGACGGAUGAGGACGUCUUUCCUACAAAAUAUGGCAAAGAAUUCCCAAACUCAUUUGAAUCCCUAGUGAAGAAGAUCUGCAAGUAUCUGUUCCACGUGCUAGCCCACAUCUAUUCGUCACACUUCAAGGAAACACUGGCACUGGAAUUGCAUGGACAUUUGAACACGCUUUACGUGCACUUCAUCCUUUUCAUCCGAGAGUUCAAUCUGGUGGACCCUAAAGAAACAACCAUCAUGGACGACCUCACAGAGAUCCUCUGCAGCAGCAGUGGGAGCAGUAGCGGCAGCAGUAACGGCAGUGGCAACGGCGGUGGCGGCGGAGGCGGCAGCAGCAGCAGCAGUGCAGGAGCACAGAACCACGUGAAGGAGAGAUGAGUCUUCUCAACCAGAACAAAACUAACGCUAACACUUUUUAAAAAGGAAGAUACUCCCUAUUCUCUGAUGUAUGCGUAUGUAUAUGUGCUUAUGUGUAUAUAUAUAUACAGACAUACAUAGCCAUGACAGCUUAAGCAAUUGUGCUGCCACCACAGGACAUGCAGACACAUGGGACUGUAUGGAGCUUUGGUUAAAUGCAUCAUCCUUGGCAAAACGUUGCACCAGUUCUGGGGUGGCGGGGGGGAGGUUCCUUCCCUCCUCUUCUCUCCUAUUUCCUCCUCUUCCUUACCAGAUGGAUUAUGAGUGCUGUUUUUAAGAGACGAACCACAUUUGGGCUACUGCUUUUGUGUUCCCUUUUUUUCCCCCCCAUUCUCCCCACUUCUCUUCCCCUGGGGAGGUGGUCCUUGUCCUUGAAUGCAAGCUCCCUUCUAUCUGUCUCUCUUCCUCUCUAAGAUGGUGGUACUGCCAUUUUAAAAAAAUGUUGUAAAACGUGACUUAACAUGUAAAGUGGCUUAAGUGGGGGGAAACAUUGAGAUUUGUCUUUGUUUUUACUUCAACUGACCUUUUUCCUUCCCUUCCCCCAGACCUUUUGCAUCUAACCCUUCAUUGGGUUGUAACGGGAAAGAGUUUUGGCCCAACUGAAGUAGCAAUAAGGCUUCCAGUGCACUUAAGGGAGGUGGUGCCCCAGCCUCCCCGGCCUCAGCAUGUGGAUCUCAAAAGCACCCACAAAGGUUCUGGUAUUGUUAGAGAUAAAUACCAGAAGGUAAAAUAGCCUGGUGGGGAGGGGGCGGGGAAUCCCAACCCCAUGGUAAAAGCCAUGACUGCUUAUUUUUCACCAAAGGGGGCCUGAGACAGGAUGGAAAGGGGGCACACAGUCUGCCACCACUGUGCUAGAAAGAUGGCUGUUGGCAUAUAAUUAUGUUGUUGGCUUAUUUUAGUUCAUCUGUCCAAUAAUAAUAAUAAUAAUAAAAAUUCUAUCAGACAUAAGUUGCAUUCUCUUUGCUGCAUUAUCAGCUGUUAUUUGUAUUUCUUUGCAUAGUGGAAACGUAAAGUUAAAUGUUCUUUGGACAUAGAGCAGGGAGCUGCUUGUGGGUUAGUUCCCCACCCCCCGUUUGCAGUUUAUUUUCUUAAGGCAUGGUAUUAAAGAUGAGUUACUCCCUGAGUCGCCCAGAGUUGCUCCCUAAGUGAGAUGGGCGGUGACUAAAUUCGAAGUAUAGAUGAAGUAUAAAUAAAUAAAU